UUAUUGAUUGGUGAUUGAUUGAUAUUCGCUACGUUUGAGAGAAAUAAUAUAAAGUUUUGUUAUUUCUGAGGUUAUUUCGAUAUAUUUUACGCAAAAAAGCAAGGUUCGUCUUAACAAAAUGAGUGAGGAUUUAAAGCGUAAACGCAGUCCUAAUUGGUUGAUAACUGAAAAGGAACUUUUGUUGAGCCUAGUUCAGCUUCAUUUUAAUAUUAUAGAAAAUAAAAAAACCGAUGGAGUGACCAUAAAAAGAAAAUUAGCUCAGUGGCAAAUUAUUGCAGACCAGUACAAUAGCCGAACAAGCCACGGUACUCGCACAGGAGAAAAUUUAAAAGCUCAAUGGGAGUGUAUGAAAAAGACAGCGAGAAAGGCAGCGAAGCGAAGGAAUAGGAGAAAUAUUAUGAUUCAAACAAGAGGUGGAUCGCCAAUGCCUGAAGAGGAAGAUCCUUUUCUUCAGCAAAUAUUAAGCCUUAUAUCCACCAGUGCUGUUGGGUUAUUUAAUACUUAUAAUAGUGAUUCCAUUGUUCCUGCAGUGCAAGAUCAAGCAAUACCUUAUAAAAGUUAGCACCCUUGGUCUAAGUCAUCAUAGCAUACAAUUACAAAGUACACACAUUAUAAGUAGUACAUGCAAUUUCCAUGUAUUUUAUUCUUUAAUAUUAAUGGGCAAUUCAUUGUAAUCUUUACAAUGAUUGUGCCAGUAUACUUUAAUUUCCAGCAUAAUUGUAUAAACCUUCCAUGAAACUUGUUUGUAUUAUUUGCCGAGAGAUGUCACUGUACUUUGAGACGCGUAAAGCUGUACCGCGGUGUCCAGAUUUUUUUCCCUGGCUUUAUAUACCUGGAGUAUUUUGACAUCUGUGAACCUUUGACAACCAUUGUGAACC